AUGUUUUCUAGAAAAGAAAAGACGAUCGACUCCCCAGUCGGCAGUACAGACGGAGGAGUGCCUCACUAUGCGGGCCACGAACACGAUGAGGCGCCAGAGCUGGUGCAGUGUCCGGCACACACCACUGAAGCGAAGCUGCUCACCAAGAUUGAUCUCCAUGUCAUUCCGUUCUUGUGCAUCAUGUACUUGCUCGCAUUCUUGGACCGAGUAAAUAUCGCCAACGCCAAUGUCUUCGGUCUAUCAGAAGAGCUGGGCAUCGCGGGUGGGAACAAGUACAACAUUGCGCUGGUCAUCUUCUUCGUACCAUACAUCUUGUUCGAAGUCCCCUCUAAUAUCAUCCUCAAGAUGAUGAAACCCAGAAUGUGGCUGUCCAUCUGCAUGUUUGGCUUUGGUCUCGUCACUUUACUCCAAGGCUUCGUCCAGAACUACUCCGGACUACUGGCCACCCGAUUCUUCCUCGGUGUUUUUGAGACAGGCAUGUUCCCAGGCGCGUUUUAUCUCAUCGGGAUGUGGUACCGACGCCACGAAGCGCAAAAGCGCUACUCCUUCUUCUUCUCCUCGACCACCCUCGCCGGCGCAUUCGGCGGCCUACUCGCCUCUGCCAUCGGCAAAAUGGACGGAAUCCGUGGCUACAGAGGCUGGCGCUGGAUUUUCAUCUUAGAAGGCUUGCUCACCGUCAUCGUCUCCUUUUUCUUCUUCUUCCUGCUCCCCAACUUCCCCGAGGAAAGCAAAUGGCUCACCGAAGACGAGCGCGCAUACGUCAAAGCCCGCCUGCAAAUCGACCAGGGGAAAUCCGCCCGCGAGCGCCCCAUUACCAUGCGCGACGUCGGCCGCGUAUUCAAAGACCCUAAGAUCAUUGUUGGCGGCUUCAUGUACUUUGGCCUGAUUGUGCCGGCGUAUGGCUACGCGUACUUCAGCCCGACUAUCAUCCGCAACUUUGGCUACUCGCCUAUCCAGACGCAAUUGCACUCUGUCCCUCCGUGGGCCGCAGCGUUUGGAUUCAGUAUGCUGGUUGCGUACUUUUCCGACCGGAUUAAGCAUAGGUUUUUCUUCACUAUUUUCCCCAUUUGCGUGUGCAUCGCUGGGUUCGCCAUCUUGCUCACUGUGCACGGCAAAGAGCACCGAAAUGUCCAAUAUGCCGCGCUAUUCCUCGUUGCCAUGGGUAAGUCCUCUCCGCAAUCUCCCAUCUUGAAGUUGCUAACAUUUCCAGGCGCAUACACGGCCAUGCCGGUCAUCGUGUGCUGGUUCAACAUGAAUCUAGGCGGGCACCACCGCCGCGCCAUCGGAUCCGCGUGGCAAGUCGGCUUCGGCAACAUUGGCGGAAUCAUCGCUGUGUUCAGUUUUCUUUCCAAAGACGCGCCUAAAUACAUUCCGGGUUAUUCGAUUAGCAUCGCGUUUGUCUGUUUGAGUGCGCUGAGCUGCACGCUGUACUUUUUCAUGUGCAGUUGGGCGAAUAGGAAGAGGGAUAAGAGCGUCAGAGAUGUCGGGUUGACCGAGUAUGAGAAGACGGAGCUGGGCGAUCUGAAUCCUGAAUAUAGGUAUCAGUUGUAG